GCCAGUCGUCUCAAUACAUUAAAAUCAUUUCUACUUCUGAAUUUGUUGAACUGUUAACACAGUUGUAAUUUGUUGAAAACCGCCCUUCCGUCCGGCCGGCGAAUGCAGAAACACCUGUUUUCCUUCCCGACCCGUCGCUUUCUCAGCAAAUCCAUUCCCCAUGACCUAUACGACCCGCCAUUUUCACACUCUCCAAAACUCCAAAAAACGCAAAAUAAAUUCAAACAAGACCCACCAAAUCUACCUCUCAAAUCGGACCUUCCAUUCAACUUCAUGUACUCUUACUCAGAAACCCACCCUUCCAUUAAACCCAUAAGCUUCCGUGAAUCCCCUAAGUUCUCUCCUUUCGGCCCCGGACGUCUCGACCGUAAAUGGACCGGUACUUCCGCUCCGGUUCAGCACCAAGUUGACCGGAAUAGGUUUGAAGAGGACCGGAACCGUGUCCUAGGAGCCCCCUUAGAGGAUCAGGAGGUAGCGGAACUCGUCGAACGCUACCGUCACAGCGACUGCUCUAGGCAAAUCAAUUUAGGGAAGGGGGGAGUCACUCACAACACUUUGGAUGACAUCCAUAACCAUUGGAAGAAGGCUGAAGCUGUUAGGAUUAAGUGUUUGGGCGUGCCAACUUUAGACAUGGACAAUAUUUGCUUCCACCUUGAGGACAAGUCUGGUGGAAAAAUUAUCUACCGCAACAUGAAUAUACUGAUCUUGUACAGAGGACGACAUUAUGAUCCCAAUAAUCGUCCUGUUAUACCUCUUAUGCUCUGGAAGCCGUAUGCACCAAUAUAUCCCAAGCUUGUGAAGAAUGUGAUUGAAGGUUUAACACAUGAGAAAACAAAAGAAUUGCGAAACAUGGGUUUGAACUCCCAUCCUCUGAUGAAACUCACUAGAAAUGGUGUUUAUGUGAAUGUGGUGGAGAGGGUGAGGGAAGCUUUGAAGACUGAAGAGGUUGUGAGACUGGACUGCACUCAUGUUGGUACAAGUGACUGCAAAAAGAUUGGAGUGAAGCUAAGGCACAGGAUUUAGUGCCAUGUGUCCCUAUCUUGUUCAAGGAUGAACAAAUAGUCCUUUGGAGAGGAAUUUUAAAUCAAGAACAGCCUUCAGAUCUAUAAUGGAGUAUUAAAUUAUAGGGUCUAAUGCUAGAAUUUGGAGAUGUUUCCAAGCUGGUGUGAUACUGACAUUUUGAUUCAGUCAUCUGUACAUCUCACAUAUUUCCCCAUACACACAGCAGACCUCGGCAGGAGAAUGUUAAUUGACUGUAUUGUAUGGUACCAUUUCCUUAACUAAUCAAUUUGGCUGAGAGUUUGUUAGCCAGCAUUUGUUUUCAUGGAAUCAUAAUCAGGCAAUCUGCUGAAGGGAAGAUGUAUUGUUCAUUAUUAAGAUCACUCAAAUUUGCUUGUUACUGCGCACGAAGGCUGUAUGAUUUUCAUAGUUGGAGUUUUUCUAUGAGUUAAUUAUUCAUUUGUUUUUUGUAAGACAAGUCUCAGUCCUUGGUAGUUCUUAUUUUGUUAGUAUAUCAUAUAUUGUGACAAUACAACCUAAGAACACAUUACAAUGUUGUGUAGUAGGCAUCCACUGUGUACUCUGCUUUGAGGAAAUGUUUACUUUAACAGCUUGGAUUAAAGCACUAUUUUGUUUUGUAUUAAACCAGUGAAUCGGAACGUUGUUGAAAGUUUA